UACUUAUCCAAGUGUUUGAAAAAAUGCUCACAAAGAGUCUCUGGCUUCAGCCUCUCUGAACUUCAAACAAAUGUCUGAAGCUUCUCAUUUCCAUGUAUUAUUGACAUUUCCCUCCCUCUCCUCCAUUCUCUAGUACGCACAGACUAGCGCUUUUAGAUUCUCAAUGCAUUUUCAAAGCCUGAAGCUUCCCAUUUCAUUCAGCUUUUCAUCUCCACGAUCUGGAUUCUCUCAAAACCCUCGAAUCAUCAAUCGUCUCUUGCUGCCAGUAUCGGCGAAAUAUGGAGCUCCUUCGAUUAGUAACUGCUACAUCUUCGCUCCGAAGAAUCGUCCCAGUUCCCCAAGCCUCGUGGACGGUCGUGGAGAAGAAGAUAGAUUGAAGAGUACAUUUGUCAAGGAGGUCGACGUCGUUACUCUUGGUAAUCUUUGCGUUGACAUAGUUCUCAAUGUCCCGAAGUUACCGCCUGCGUCGUUCGAGGAGAGGAGAACUUACAUGGAACAGUUAGCGGCCUCGAGUCCCGAUAAGAUUGGGAUGGUGAGCAAGUGGUGCAAUAUGGGGAUUUUGGGUUUGAUCAUUGCCAGUAUUUCUUCUAAGCGUUUUUGGGAGGCUGGGGGUAACUGCAACAUGGCAAUUGCAGCAGCAAGAUUGGGGCUCCAUUGUUUGACACUUGGCCAUGUGGGUAAUGAAACUUAUGGACGCUUCCUCCUAGAUGUGCUUCAUGAUGAGGGAAUUGGUAUUAUCAGAAUGGAUAAAGAUGCAGAUUCAGUUGCAAGCCCUAGUGCCUCCUAUGAAACACUUCUAUGCUGGGUUUUGGUGGACCCUUUUUCAAAACAUGGAUUUUGUAGUCGAGCUGAUUUUAUCAAGGAGCCUGCUUUCAGUUGGAUGAGAAAACUCUCUGGAGAAGCAAGGAUGGCAAUCAAGAAGUCAAAGAUUCUAUUCUGCAAUGGUUAUGGCUUUGAUGAGUUUUCUCCCAGUUUAAUUGUUUCUGCUCUAGAUCAUGCUAUGGAAUUAGGAACUUCAGUAUUUUUUGAUCCUGGUCCACGGGGGAAGUCACUUUCUGUUGGAACACAUGAACAGCAAAUGGCACUUGACCGGCUUUUGAGGAUGAGUGAUGUUCUUCUUUUAACUUCUGAUGAGGCUGAACCAUUGACUGGAAUAGCAGACCCUGUAUUGGCUGGAAAAGAGUUGCUAAAGAAAGGAGUGCGUACAAAAUGGGUGAUCAUUAAGAUGGGCCCAAAAGGUUCUAUUCUGAUCACAAUGUCAAGCAUCUCCUAUGCACCAGCGUUCAAGGUGAAUGUGAUUGAUACUGUUGGCUGUGGAGAUAGUUUUGUUGCUGCCAUUGCAUUUGGGUUUCUUCAUGAUAUGCCCACAGUUAAUACAUUAGCACUUGCAAAUGCAGUGGGUGCUGCAACUGCCAUGGGUUGUGGUGCUGGUAGAAAUGUUGCCACCCUGGAAAGUGUUAUCAAGCUCAUGAAGGUUUCAGACCUCAAUGAGAAAGAACAUUUCUGGAAUGAGUUACUCGAAAAUGUGGAUACUCCAGAGAUCUUACUCCUCUCAAGAACUAGGAUAAAUGGAAGUAACAAUCAGCUGAAACAUGUCUCCCUGCAAGAUGUAGUUUCCGAAUUGCUGUAUAAGCUUCAAACUGUGCAGGAGAGGGUUGUAACAUCUUGAUGUAGGAUGGAAAGUCACCCUACAACAAAACUGAGUCAGUGAUGACUAGAAUUACCUGAUGGCCUCUAUCUUUGCGUUGCAAUUGUUGGAGACAUAAUUUUGGUAGCAAGAGAAUAGAUGAAUGAAAAACAUUCGGAGGUAAGCAAAGUUUAUUCUCUGUAAUACAUCAUCAGUAUUCUGUGGUACAGGAGAGAGGACCCUUAAUGGGGUUUCGAGUCUUGAGCUUUGAUGAAUGUUUCUUUCAUUAUUUGUACCAUUAUAGAACGUAUGCCUCUCAAGCAUGAAUCGUUGUUCUUUUGCAGUUUGAGCAAUUGAAUAAGUAUGACCUGCUUUGAUUCGACUCUGGUCAUGAUUGGGGAUAACUAGCUGAUAGCAUUUCCUUCACAAGUUUAUUGGAAAACAUGGUCUAAGGGAUGUAUUUUAAUUUACUCUAACAUAUAUUAUAGUCCAUAAAGGAUAUCAGUCUCA